AUGCCUCCCACCGGUUCUUCUCUCGAAAAGGUCGAGAAACUUAGAAAUACGAUUAAUAAUGCCGCAGUUUUGGUCUUCAGUAAAACCUAUUGCCCUUAUUGCCAAAAGGUCAAAGACCGCUUCAAGAAUUUGAAAAUUCCCUAUGGAUCUCUUGAGUUAGAUCUUAAAAAAAAUGGAGCUGAAUAUCAGGCCAUGUUGAAGGAAAUCACAGGGCGAACUUCAGUUCCACAAGUUUUCUUCCGUGGUGAUUUUAUCGGUGGCUGCGAUGAUGUGAUGGCUAUUGACGAUGAGACCAUUGUGAAGAAGGCGAAUGAGAUGAAGUACGACUAUGACAUGGUUGUUAUUGGUGGUGGUUCCGGUGGUUUGGCACUAGCCAAACAAGCUGCAAAAUCGGGUGCUAAGGUUGCGCUUCUUGAUUUUGUUGUUCCAUCUCCGAAAGGCACAGUGUGGGGUUUGGGUGGCACCUGCGUUAAUGUUGGUUGCAUUCCCAAAAAACUGAUGCAUCAAGCCGGCCUUCUUAAUCAUUAUUUGGAAGAUGCCGAAUCUUUCGGUUGGGGUCUUAUCAAGCAGAAUCACGAUUGGCAGAAGAUGGUUGGGGGUAUUCAAGAUCACAUUCGCUCUCUCAACUUUGGCUACCGAUCAUCUCUCAUGAGCGCUUCAGUUAAGUACCUCAACGCCCUUGGGGAAAUCGUCGACCCACAUACUAUUAAGACUACCAACAAACAGGGCAUUGUAAAGAACAUCACAGCUAAUUCCAUUGUAAUAGCCACUGGUGAACGUCCGCGUUAUCCAUCUAUUCCCGGAGCGAAAGAACACGGUAUUACAAGUGAUGACUUAUUCUCAUUGGAACGCAGUCCCGGCAAAACACUGUGUGUUGGUGCUAGUUAUGUGUCGUUGGAAUGCGCUGGUUUCUUGAGAAGUAUUGGCUACGAUGUUACCGUCAUGGUUAGAUCCAUCUAUCUGCGUGGUUUUGAUCAGCAGAUGGCGGAAAUGGUUGGCGACUACAUGGAGAAGUUUGGCGUGAAAUUUAUCCGCCCCUGUGUUCCGACUUCGGUUAUUUUUGCUGUUGGUCGGGAUCCCUGCACUACCAACAUUGGCCUCAAUAAUGUCAACGUCAAGGUUGACUCUCAUCAUGUGGUUGUUAGAAAGAACAAAUCUAUGGGUCAGUGUCUACAUUGCAGGUUUCUGGAAUUGUCACAUGCAGUAGGCGAUAAUAUAAUGAUGAAUAGUCGUAUCAUUGUCGACGGUGAGGAACGUACUAAUGUGCCUAACAUCUACGCCAUUGGUGAUGUGAACAAUGUCGGUUUCCAACUCACGCCUCUUGCUAUAGAAGCGGGGAAAAAUCUUGCUCGUCGAAUCUACGAUGCGGAUGAUGUUCUGACCGACUACAAUAAUGUGCCGACAACAGUGUUUACUCCACUGGAAUACGGUUGUAUUGGUUAUUCCGAGGAGGUGGCUCUAGAGAUGUUCGGGAAGGAAGCGAUUGAGGUCUAUCAUUCUCACUUCCAGCCCCUCGAAUGGACCAUCCCGCAUCGACAAGAUAAUGCCUGCUAUGCCAAACUCAUCGUCAAUAGGGCAGACGAUAAUCGCGUGGUGGGUUUCCACGUUUUUGGUCCGAAUGCAGGUGAAAUAACUCAGGGUUACGCAAUCGCGAUGCGAAUGGGCGCCAGAAAGGAGGACUUCGAUCGAACAAUCGGUAUCCAUCCUACUUGUUCGGAGGUCUUCACAACAAUGCAUGUGACCAAGAGUUCAGGUCAAUCGCCUAAGGUGACCGGCUGCUGA